AUGCAGACCAUUGAGAUUCCUCACAGUAUAAUAUUCGUUCAUGGCCUCCAGGGUCAUCCGUACACGACGUGGACGCAUUUUGCUCCAGAAGUGUCAGCGAAUGAGGCUCGUCAAAAGACAAAGACGAGAUCCCACAGGAAAAUCCUGACAUUCAUUGGGCGCACUACCAGUUCUUCGGUCAAAUCUUCCACAAAUGAGGAAGCCGAAAUAGUCCCCUCUUCCAAUACGAUACGGCCCAAUGUAUUCUGGCCCAGAGAUCUUCUUCCUUCAUCUGAGAUGUGCUCUGGGAGCCGGAUUCUGACUUGGGGCUACGAGUCUACCGUCGCUGCUCAUAUAGGCACAGUCGCCAAUAAAGGCACCAUCUUCUCACACGCCAAAGACUUGCUGUUCGCUCUGAGGCGUAACAGGGUUCAAGACCGGCCCUUGAUCUUCGUCGCCCAUUCAUUAGGGGGGAUCUUGGUCAAGGAAGCAUUGUCAUUAUCAGAUACCUCGGACCAGGAUGAUAUCAGAGAGAUCGUUGCGUCAACAUCGGCAGUGAUCUUUCUGGGUACGCCCCACCGUGGUGGUGGUCACUAUGCUAACGUCGGCGAAGUCGCCCGUUCAGUUGCAAGUCUUUUUUUGAUUGACACGAAUAGUGCGUUAUUGGACUCACUUGGACUCCGCACGACCGAUUUAGAGAGGUGCCAGUUUAGUUUCUCCAGAAUCUGGAGAAGGUAUGGCUUCAUGGUGAAGACGUUUCAGGAGGGACAUGCGAUGACUGGACUUAAUGUGCCCGGAUCAUUCUUGAACAAAACGGUCGUCCCGCAUAACUCUUCACUACUUGGUGACGACAGGGAAGAUGCGGAGACUCUGCAAGCGAAUCAUAGAGAGAUGACGAAAUUUACUUCGGAAGCCGACGACAAUUAUAUCAAGGUAUGCGGCGAGCUGGAACGUAUAUGCAAAAUUGUCAAAGAAAGGGCACAAGAGACAAUUCAGAGAUCACUUGGAUUUCCCAACAUGAACAGGCGAUAUCAGAUGAUCGAGACUCCGGUGCAUCAAACCUGUCUCUGGUUGAGUACCUCCGAAAAUUAUCAAGGAUGGAUCGAACGCAAACAAAUCGCAAGCCACCAGGGCUUCCUGUGGAUCAAAGGCAAGCCCGGGUCAGGUAAAUCUACGUUGAUGAAGCAUGCCUUUGAGGGCGUACAUACUACAACGAAAACAGUCAAAGCGAGCUUUUUCUUCAACGGACGAGGUGAUCGCCUAGAGAAGUGCACAUCGGGAUUUCUCAGAUCCCUUGCUUGCCAAUUACUCCCACAUUUCCCAAAAGCAUUUCGAUUGAUGAAGAGUCGAUUUGAGGAAAAGAUUGACUUUGAUACCGAACUUACAUGGCAUGAUGGUGAACUCAAAUCUUUCCUUAACCACGCACUGGCUAGUAGCGAUUCGCGGCUAUCAAGUGCCAGGAUAUUCAUCUUCGUGGAUGGUCUUGACGAAUGCGAUAAUGGCGAAGGCAGGAACUUGAUCAUUUACCUUCGUGAUCUCGCCGAUAGGGCCUAUUUGGUUGGAACCCAGCUGUUUCUAUGCGUUUCAAGUCGAACUGCCCUGACUAUCUCAAUUUCAUCGUACUUGGAGAUCCUUUCGGAACAGGAGAACUCGGACGACAUCCGCCGGUAUAUCCAUAAGAGGUUGUCCGUCUUUAGGACCGAGCAGAAAGCGACUAGCCAAAGAGAAGUUUGGCAACAGCUUGAGAACAAGAUUCUUGACAAAGCGUCGGGAAUUUUUCUAUGGGUUGAGCUUACAAUCAAUCAGCUCAUAAGUGAUUGGGACACUGGGAAAAGUGCUCAGUAUCUGAUUGACCAGGUCAAUGAAGUACCUACUCAGAUCCAGGACGUCUAUAGAAAGUUGCUUUCGGAGAAUCCCACCCAAGAAGCAACAAGAUUCUUCCAAUGGUUGGUGUUCAGUGCUCGCCCACUACAACUUUCCGAAUGGAAACACGUCUUCGCGUUUGUUUACCACCCGGAGAAAGUAGCCAUGUGGGAAAACUCACCUGAGUUCGUGGAGGACGAGGAACAGCUGGAAAAACAAAUCACGAGCAUGUCGUGCGGACUUGUUGAGGUGCAAGACAAUCGACCAGCCCUCAACGAGAAUGAUGAGCUAGGUGAAGAUGAUGAUUCUUUAGGAGGAAGUGCCGGAUCUUUCACCACCGGGAAAGUUGUUCAAUUCAUUCAUGACUCGGUUCGCACAUUCUUCCUGGAAGAGGAUGGCUUUACCAUUGUCAGUCCACAACGACGUGCCAUGGACAGUGGCAGGGGCCACGUCUUCAUCAUGGACUGUUGCCUCUCGUAUGCAGACAUUCCGGAGCUCCAGUACUUGAUCGGGGCUCGACAGGCUGUUGGAGAUAUGAUCCAGCAGAGGCAGCGAGAGCGUCUUACGAGCAUGAAAGCCCCAUUUCUGGACUCAAAGGGAAGCCCAACGAAGCAGCAAACGCUAGAUGCGUACUCUCACGUAUCUGCCGAUGGACCCAAGGGACUAUCAAUCGACCGAGGAAGACGGAACAGCGUCGCGAGUUUUGGGUCAGCAGCCAGCUCAAAUCCUGGAUCACAGCCUAUCUCACGCACAGGCUCUAUCAGGGCUGCCUCAGUACACUCUGCACAUUCCCAGAUUGGAAUUCAACCCAUCACACCUGUCAAGACCCAUUUGACCUUGACAGAUUCGCCCUUGAUGUUGCUAAGAAGAAGAGGCUCUAGCACCAGCGGGAAAACUACUCUCUCAGCAUUCGAGGAGGCGUCGGCACAAACCCGAAUCCCGCCAGAAUCCAAAUUCAAGCAUCAGAUCCCAGACCGAAAUUCAGCAUCGGACCUGCCCCAGAGUGAUGCUACGGGAUCCGCAAUCAAAAGAUCUUCCUUGGUCGAGAGCUAUCUAAAGAGCAUUGAGCCCAACGACAACCAGGGGUCUCCUCAGAUUUUGUCCAGAAGAAGCACCGCUGGGAAAACAAUUUCUACGAUUUCAAGUCUCUCAAAAAUGUCGAUGGCUCUUUCAAGCCUCCCGCCGCUGCUUCAAUACAUUACAGAAAUGUUUGACAUCCAUGCCAAGUUGGCCGACAUUGAAGGGGCCAACCCAAACCACAUCGUGGACAGGCUUCUACAGUCAAAACUGUGGGAUAAAUGGUGUCCUCUGCGGGAAGAUAUCGAGCCAGGUACGACUUUGCUCUACUUCGCGGCUGAGAAGAACCUUAUCUCAUGGGUUAAAAGGAUCGUUAUGAGCUCAAAUCAGUUGGAUGAACCUGGUGGUCGGCUCGGAUACCCCACUAUUGUCGCUGCCAACCAAGGAAACACGGAAGUGUUACACCGACUGCUCGCAGCGGGCGCCCAGCUUGAUAGCCGCGACUACUAUGGACGAACCGUAUUUCAUCAUGCAGUCUUAUUUUCAGACUUGUCCGUGAUUGACACGAUCAUCUAUUCUCCUCGAGUGAAUUUCCUGAAGCAAUUGCGCAGCUCUGAAUAUGCGGCCUUCAUAAACUCCAGGGAUAUGUAUGGGCAGACGCCUUUACACCUGGCAGCAUUCCAAGCGGGAGUCUCAGUCGUCGAGGCAUUAUUGCAUUAUGGAGCAGACAACCAAAGUACAGAUAAUGCAGGCAGAACUCCCGUCGGUGUUGCAAGCGAUGAUGAUGUGCGUGAAGCAAUUCUGAGAUGGAACUAG